GUGGUUGGACACGAGUGAGGUUCGGCGAUGUUCUCCGGUGGCUUGGUGGUGUGUUUGCUGGCCGUGUUGCAGCUCGGCUCCCGGGCUCAGUACGGUCCGGACGAGGUGGCAACCCUGCCAGGUAUGAUGUUCAAACCUAACUAUCGGCAGUGGUCGGGGUACCUCCAGGUGCGUCCGGGGAAGUUUCUCCAUUACUGGUUUGUGACCUCUCAGAGGGACCCGGUCAAAGACCCUCUGGUGCUCUGGCUGAACGGAGGCCCGGGCUGCAGCUCGCUCGAUGGAUUCCUGUCAGAGAAUGGACCAUUUCAUGUAAAAAAUGACGGGGCCACACUGUAUGAGAACAAAUUCAGCUGGAACAAGAUUGCCAACAUGCUGUAUCUAGAGUCUCCUGCAGGAGUGGGAUAUUCAUACUCUGAUGACCGCAAAUAUGCAACUGAUGAUGACCAGGUAGCUGCUGAUAAUUAUCAAGCGCUGCAGAGUUUCUUUACCAAGUUCCCAAAUUUCACUCAAAACGAGUUCUUCAUCUUUGGAGAAAGUUAUGGUGGAAUCUAUGCACCAACCCUCAGCCUGCAGGUGGCUAAAGGAAAAGCCAAAAUCAACUUCAAGGGCUUUGCAGUGGGAAAUGGUCUCAGUAGCUCUGCUCUCAAUGACCAAACUUUGAUCUACUUUGGUUACUACCACGGCCUCUUUGGAGAAGAUCUGUGGCGUGACUUGAACAUAAAUUGCUGUGAGAAGGGGAGCUGUAACUUUUACAACUCCAUUUCUGAAAUCUGCAAGACGCUGGUGAAUGUGGCCUUUGGUAUUGUGUACAAUACCGGACUCAAUGAGUAUUCCCUCUACUUGGAUUGUGAGGGUAACACAAGAUCCCACAGAGGCUAUGAGAGGGCCAUGAGCCAUCUGUUUAAGAACUACAGGAAACAUCCACACACCCACAAAGUCUUUUUAAUGAAGUUUUCAGAUGGAGUGACUUCCUCCCUGUCUCUGGGUGAAGUCCCUCACUGCAUCAACAGCACGGCUCAAAAGAACUGGCUGAACAGAGGCAAUGUGAGGAAAGCUUUACACAUCCCAGAUAUACUGCCACCAUGGGACAUCUGCAGUGAUGAUGUCGGAUAUAAUUACACCAACCUGUACCCAACAAUGAAGGACGUGUAUCUGAAGCUGCUCUCUCUGGGCCUGCGGGCGCUCGUCUACAACGGAGACACCGACAUGGCCUGCAACUUCCUGGGAGACCAGUUGUUCGUGGAGGACCUUGGCCUGAAGGCAACCACUAAGUAUCAGAGAUGGAUGCAUGAAGAUCAGAUUGCUGGUUUCUACCAAGAGUUUGGAAACAUAACUUUCCUCACCAUCAAGGGUGCUGGUCACAUGGUUCCUCAAUGGGCUCCAGGUCCAGCUUUCCACAUGUUCCAGUCUUUCAUAACAAAUGGCUACUACUGAGCCAUGAUGGAGACUGCUAUAUGAAUAUACACCUGCACUCAUCACUUGUUAAAUCUUUCUCAGGGGCGGUUUAGAAGAAAAAAGGACCGUUAGCACACUUAAUCAUUUUCAUUAUUCUUGCAGUUCCUGCAGUGCAGUGUUGAGUUUUUUGGACAGUGACACUUUUGGUGUGGGCUCUUCUCUGCAUCACAUUGGAUUUGAGAUAUAAAAACCCAAUUGACAGUUUAGGGCUUUGAGGAUGUUAACGUCUUCAUUGGGUAAACACUGAUCAAAACUAACCAGACAAAUAAACAAACUUAAACAAAUUAAUCAUGUCUAUUAUCUGGUUGUAAAACACAGAACCAAAAGGGAAACACAUUUGCUUAGUUGGAUUGAGGUUAACUGACUGAUGUGGCCAGUUGAGGACAUUCUGUUUGGGCCUAAAAAUAUUUGUUGGCCUUGUCUCCUGGUUUAAGACCAUUGUCCUAAAAUUGGGGACAUAGGUUUGUGUAAAAGGGCUACACAUCCUUAACUGUACACCCAAUAUGGAUGUGAAAAACUUGCUUUAAAAACAAAAAAAUCAGCACAUUUACAUCAGUUUCACUACAGAUCAACCAUGGUGAAUGCAUGAACAAACUCCUUAUCCAGAUACAUAAGACUGUACUUUACAUGAUAAAAAUGGAGCUGUUCUCUGUGGCACUGAUGUUGGAGAAUCAUCGUUUUGCAGUUUGAAUGAUAUUUUCAGGAAAAGUCAAGUAAAUAAGCUGACCCUUCUGAACUUACGGACAAAGUUCAAACUGUCUUGAUUAAAAACUGAAACUUCACUUGUCAUUUAUCUUUUCAUUAAAGGUUUUGUUGAACUGA